AUGAAUUUGUUCUGCUCACAAGACAAGUCACGUCUUGGGAACAUGGAGAUCGAUAAAGCAAUCAGAGAAAGUGAUGAUAGGAGGCUUAAAACCAAGUACAACAACGCCAUCUAUGUUAUUAAAAGAGCUCUUGCUCUAUACUCGACCGAGGAGGUUGCCUUCAGCUUCAACGGAGGAAAGGAUUCAACUGUUCUACUGCACCUACUCAGGGCUGGCUAUUGUUUGCAUAAAAUGGAGCAAAAUUGCUCUAAUGGGAGUCUGAAUGGUUUCCCAAUUCGAACAAUAUACUUUGAAAGUUCUUCUGCUUUCUGCGAAAUCAACUCAUUUACCUAUGAUACUGCAUCUAGUUAUGGUUUGCAACUAGACAUCAUUAGUUCAGAUUUCAAGUCUGGGUUGGAGAAGUUACUGAAGGCUAAUCCAAUUAGAGCUAUUUUCCUUGGUGUUCGAAUUGGUGAUCCUACUGCGGUGGGUCAAGAACAGUUCUCCCCUAGUUCACCUGGAUGGCCUCCUUUUAUGAGGGUGAAUCCUAUCUUGGAUUGGUCUUACAGAGAUGUUUGGGCCUUUAUUCUAACUUGCAAGGUCCAGUAUUGUAGUCUUUAUGAUCAGGGAUACACUUCAAUAGGGAGUAUACAUGACACAGUUCCAAAUGCAUUGUUGUCCAUCAGUGACUCCUCCAGUUGCAAAGAAAAAUUCAAGCCUGCAUACUUGCUUUCUGAUGGAAGAUUAGAAAGGGCAGGGAGAGGAAAAAAGUUUUCUUCUUCCGUUGAUAACGGCCCAGGCAGUGUGGAUUCACAUAAAAGCAGCUUGCUUAUAGCCUCAGUCAUUGCUGUGGGAGAAGAGAUUCUGUUUGGCACUGUUGAGGAUCAAUUGGGACCUUCAUUGUGUAGAAAGCUCCAUUCCAUUGGUUGGUCUGUAUCACAAACUGCUGUUGUUCGGAAUGAUAUAGAUUCCGUGGCUGAAGAGGUUGAGCGAAGGAAAUCUACCAACGAUAUGGUUUUUCUAUAUGGAGGGGUGGGGCCAUUGCACUCUGAUGUUACCUUAGCUGGUGUUGCAAAGGCUUUUGGGGUUCGCCUUGCUCCUGAUGAAGAAUUUGAAGAAUAUCUCAGGCAUCUUAUAAGUGAUCAUUGCUCUGGUGAUCGAAAUGAGGGGCAUUCAUUUAUAAUGUGGAAUGAUGACAAUCUACUUGAGAUAAUGUAUUUGUUGCUGUGGAAUCAAAUUCCCUCUCUUAUGGGGUUAACUUAUUUGAAAAUCAAGACAAUUGAUCUAGAUAUGAUGGCACUGUUGCCUGAAGGUAUCACUGAGUUAUUGCAUCAUGAAAAGCUGGCAGUGCCUUUGAUUAAGUGCCAGAAUGUAAUCAUUUUCACGGCAACGAAUGUCACUGAAUUGGACACAGAGUGGGAUUGUUUGAUUGAAUUAACAAGAUCUUGUGACUUGUUGUCAACUAUGGAACCUUGCAUGUCAAAGCAUCUACAGACAAAUCUUUCAGACGAGCAGGCACAGAUUGAAUCAGCUGUAGAAUCACUGUGCAAGAAGUUCCAUCCAGGGGCAUUCUCUGAGAUUCACUGA